AUUAUACACAAACACAGUGAUACAGCUCUUUCGAACAUGCCUACUGAAUAUUGGGGUCCGGUAAUAAAUGCGUUCCGUACAACAUUUUUUACCACACCUCUGAUAUCCACACAUUUUAUUGCAUUUGUUGUGAUACCGAAAGUAUAUAACACAACUAUGACAUCAGGGAUUAACAUUACCAUUACAAGCAGCUUUAAAAAGAGAAAUGACACAUACUAUGCACGAACUGUACUUCUAAAUAUCUUCAUAAGUCUCAGAAAUAUGUGGAACAUUAUCUUUCCACGGUCGCAUGUUUCUUACGUGCUUCUGCCUUUAACCUCUACUCGUUACGAAAGUAUGAUAACUCCUGGAUUUGUUUUUUUGAGUGAAGGUAACAGUAUAUACAACAGGGAAGUACAUUCAAUUGUUAAGCAAAGACAAGUAACAUGUUUCAUAUCACGAAAUGUAAUUCAAGAGAUGUUCAGUCAGUGGGUAGCUCCAUUUAAACAGUCGGAUUCUUGGUUUAUCGAAGGAUUUUCAACAGUAUAUGGAGUUUAUAUUUGGGACAAGAGUUUAAUGAAGUCAAUUGUGGUCCAGACACGACGAAACGUUUUGGAUUAUGCAGAAGCAUUUAGUACAUAUGAUUUUGGAAUUCAAGUAAACUCUUGUACAGCUCGAAAUUCAACUGUUAGGAAAAUGUGGCGAGAAAAGGGUAAGGGAAAUAAAUUUUUCGAGUACAUUUAAUUAAUGAAUGGUCACAAACUAACAGCACCAGAAGAUAGUGGUAUAUAUCUCCAGAAUGUACUAUAAAAAGU